AUGGCUGCCAAGACAGAGUUAGGAUCCCUAACUGUCCAAGAGCUGCUCGGAAAAGGCAAAGGGGAACAAGUGCCUGAGAAAUAUAUCCAUAAAGUUGGAGCCCCAAAUGCUUCUUCCGCCCAGUUGAUGGAUAUUCCAGUCAUUGAUCUUGGCCUCCUCCUCACACCUUCCUCAAUCACUGCACAACAACUUGAGAAACUUCGAUCAGCUCUUACCACAUGGGGUUGCUUUCAGGUCUGA